AUGGGAAGCAAAGGACCAGACACCGUGCUUCCGGCUUCCUUUUGCUCUAACGCGCUGCCCGGAGGGCGCAUGCGCAGCCCGGGCUCCUGGGCAGGGUCUCCCCGGGCGUGCGCGUGCACGGCGCAGCCGCGCUCCCGGAAGCGUGGCGGGACGCGUGCCCAGAGCUGUCGGCGGCGCGCCGGAGGGGGGUCAGUGGCGGCGGCGGCGGCGGCGGCACGUGGUGCGGCGCGUGUCUGCGUCCCUGGCCGCGGGCGCGGGGAUCCCGGCGCGCUGGAGCCGCAGGCCUCGGUGGCGGAGGCCGUGUCGUCCCUGACCAUCGCGGACGCCUUCGUCGCGGCCAGCGCGAGCUCCGCCGCGUCGUCGAGGAGGUUCAUCUGCUCCUUCGCCGACUGCAGCGCCAGUUACAACAAAGCCUGGAAGCUAGACGCGCACCUGUGCGCGCACACGGGCGAGAGGCCGUUUGCUUGUGAUUUUGAGGGCUGUGGCAAGGCCUUCAUCAGGGACUACCAUCUGAGUCGCCAUGUCCUGAUUCACACUGGAGAAAAGCCGUUUGUUUGUUCAGAUCCUGACUGCAAUCAGAAAUUCAACACAAAAUCAAACUUGAAGAAACACUUUGAACGCAAACAUGGAAAUCAGCAAAAACAAUAUGUAUGCAGUUUUGAAGGUUGCAAGAAGGCCUUUAAGAAGCACCAGCAGCUGAAAGCCCACCAGUGCCAGCACACCAAUGAGCCUCUGUUCAGGUGUACCCAGGAGGGGUGUGGAAAGCACUUCGCCACAUCCAGCAGGCUGAAGCGACAUGGGAAGGUGCACGAAGGCUAUCAGUGUCAGAAAGGAUGCGCUUUCGUGGCAAAAACAUGGACAGAACUUCUGAAACAUGUGAGAGAAUUCCAUAAAGAGGAAAUCACCUGUUCAAUAUGCCAGAAAACAUUUAAACGCAAAGAUUACCUCAAGCAACACAUGAAGACUCACGCCCCAGAGAGAGACGUGUUCCGGUGUCCGAGAGAGGGCUGUGGUCGAACCUACACGACCGUGUUCAACCUGCAGAGCCAUAUCCUCUCCUUCCACGAGGAGAAGCGCCCGUUUGCGUGUGCACACGCUGGCUGUGGCAAGACAUUUGCAAUGAAACAAAGCCUCACCAGGCACGCUGCCGUGCACGGCCCCCGCGAGGAGAAGGCGAAGCCCGCGGUGAAACCAUCGCGUGAAAAACGGGGCUUGGCCUCUCGCCUGAGUGGGUACAUCCCUCCUAAGAGGAAACCGGAGGCCGACUCCUCCUCGGCUACAAGCAUGGAGGUGCCGGGCAGCCCCGUGGGGGACAAGGUGCUCUCGGCGGUGGCGGUCCUUGCCCUUCACCAGCUGUCCGCGGCCUCGUGAAGAACCGAGUGAUGUGCUCACCCGUCCUUGGGGGCCGCUUUUCUUUAUUAAAUUCACUGACACACAG